CGGAAGUGUUGCCAGCAGCCCACAGACAACAGACCGUAGAGAGGUGGAAGUGUUGACUGAGAUGGCAGAUUUGUCGUUGUAUUUAACUAACGCGAACGUUUCACUCGGACAAACUAUGGAAACUGACAAGUGUCAGAGCCCAGAAGCGGCCACAGACUUUGAGAGGGUGGAGAUGGGAGACUCUGUGGGGGGGCGGGUGAAGGUGAAGGUCCCCCGCAGGACCAUCCACUUUGCCAGUGGAGAGACCAUGGAGGAGUACAGCACCGAUGAAGAGGAGGAGGAAGAGGAGGAGCCUGCGAAGAAAGACAUCAUUACUGUUGAUUCGUCCAAACUGACCUGGGGCCCCUAUUUCUGGUUCCACAUGUGGAGAAUGGCGACCUCCACUGUCUCAGUGUGUGACUACAUGGGAGAGAGACUGGCCUCUCUUUUUGGCAUCACUUCUCCUAAAUACCAGUAUGCUAUCGAUGAGUACUACCGUAUGAAGAAAGAGGAGGAGGAGGAAGAGGAGGAGAACCAUCUGUCUGAGAUGGCGGAGCGUCGCUUUGCGGAGCAGCGGCGAGGUGAGCAGGAUGAUCCUCGUCCCGCUACAGUGGAGCAGCCAGAAGGGUCCGGAGCUUCCUUUGUAAACAUCAGCUUUGAGCUCCAGCCUGAGCCUUCUCUCAGCACUCCAGACAGAGUCCCUUCUCCACUCCCCUCCUGAAGACUGACACUCCAAACCAUUAAUAUUUAAACAUUUAUAUCAGUUGGCAAAACCUUAAUUUACCUAGCUGUAUAGAUUAAUAAUAUUAUUUUUCUAUGUUUUUAUUUUAUAAAAAGUACACAGUGCAGGGAAACAUUUAAAGGGCUCUUGAAGUGGCUGCACUGGCCUUACCUGUGAAUGUAAAUUUGUGUAUAGUGUGAAAAAUCAUAUGCAACACUGAGAUGUGUCCUUUAACUAUUUGUUGAGUAAACUGCGACUGGGAUCAACUCACUUUAAAUUGAGUUGAGAAGGUGAAAUAUAUGCUGGAUUUAAAUCUUCUAAAGAAAUAGACAUCAAUCUCAGUUUUUUUUCAUUAAUUACAAAUGGACAGAGAGCCACCCUGAACUGGAGCAGCAGCAUCAACAGACACAUGCUACAUCUACUGUACAACUGUUGAUCCUGCUCCUUUUGUAUAUGCAAAGUAUGACAUUUCAUAGGUUUAGCCAACUUUGCCAAGCCAUUUCCGCUUUCAAGUUGCUUCCUGCACUUCUGAGUGUAGCAGUGCUGGAUAGUAUUUUACCUCCAAACUAUAAAGAUAUGAGCAGGCAGUGAUGACAUCAGUACCCAGAACUGGUGUAAUGCACGGUGAACGUGUUGUACUCUCCAUUUCAGCCAAUCAUAACCAAACAUAAUCCUCGAGUUUCAUCAAACGGCACCUUUAACAUCAAUAAUAAGUUCAACAUUUUGUCCAAAUACAUAUGACAACCCUGCAGCCUCAGCCUUUUAGCAGUCAUGGAUACUUCCUCACGUGUGGAAUAUUGUGUGUGAACUUGGUCAAUUACAUACAGAGGCAUUAGUCAUGGAUCACUGUUGCAGAGUCAGACUAAGGGCUGGUUAAUCCAAAAGCUACUUUAAUAGGUUUCAUGCAUUAAUUACUAAUUAACCACAAUCUUCUAACAUCUUAUUUCCCUUCAGAGCAUAACAUCUGCCUGAUGUUGUGUCCCUUAAGCAGCUCAUAUUUAACUUGUUGUUGUGUCCCUCCUGGUAAGCAUUAUAUCCUAAGUCAUUGAAAAUGGCACAGUCGAAGCCAUCCAGCAGUGACUGGAGCGUAACUCUCUCUCUGCUAGUCAUUUUGUACCGUACUUGACGGUGUAGUCAAUCACAGGCUUCAUUGAAAAACCUCCUGUUCUUAAGGUGUCACAGCACCACUCUGUUCCUAUUGUGCAGCUUGAUUUACACAGUUGAGAUUUGGAGGCAGGCAAGAAGCUGCAGUUUGUUGACUUCAAUGCUAAUCUCAAAGAAAUAAGCUGCUUUCUUUACUUGUCAUAAUGUAAAAAAGUGUUUCUGUAAUGAUACUUUAAGGGGUUGACAAACAGAAACAACUUUACAUUAUGUAGUACUAAUUGUUUUUUCUUGGAAAUGCCAAAAGUGCUAAUUCUUUAGCCAAUGUAGAUCAAAUAAUAUCAAUAUAACUCAAAUGUAUUGAUGACUGAUGAUUUACAUUGGCAAGAAAAGUUGCUCACAUACAUUUCUACUUUGUUCGUGUGUGUUGAGGGGUCAUUCUUAAAGUGUCCUUGUGGAAGCGAUUGAUAUAAGUGUCUAGCUGUGCAGCACGCCUAAUGCUGAGACUGAGCUCUCAUAAGCCUCUUAUUCAUUAUUUUUAUCCUCUGAUAUCGCUGUGUGGUGACCAGAUGCAGAGAAAUUACGCGCACCUUUUUUUCAAAAUGGGCCUUAAAGAUAAACAGUGAAAUUUAAACAUAUCAGACAAAGUGUACGGCAUGUUAAUAAUACUUAGUGGGUAAAUGUCUUUCACUACGAGUCAAUGAAGGAUUUUAUUCAUGCUUUUUUUUUUUUUUUUAAAAGGACAACAUAUGCAAAUGUUUUGGUUAUUUUAACAGACUUAAUGAAUCUGUAUAUAUGUAUUUAUAUUUAAUAAACUCUUUAAACAUUCAAAAGGUUGGCUUUUGUUUUUAGUAUUAUACACAGUUUCCCAAAAAACUGUUGAGCACCUGUUUUACUUGGAUUUGUUCGUAUUCAUCUUAUCUAAUAAAACUCUUGGAUCUUG